GUCCUCCGGAUAAAAACCAAGGAAAUCCUUCAUGGCGGCGACACAGCUGCUGUUCCCCUUUAACGUGAGGUGGAACCGAGGCCACAGUGCGGUGCGGAGGACGUCAUCAUAUCCAUGUCAGAGCCGCUGUAACCUUUGAGUGAACCAUAGCAGGAAACAAGAGGAGGCGGCCCGAGGAGAACGGAGCACAGCGGCGGAGGCAACACUUCUCGUAAAAUUAUCACUUUUGUUUUACAGCCGGACGAAGACAGUCGAGCUGUUAGCCGUCAAACAACAAGCGCAGUCGACACGGAAAUAUUUUAGCCGCUGAAAAAAACAAAACAAGACUAGCGCCGACAAAUGGUGCACAAGAUGCCUCAGCAGCUGGAUGACGUCAAGUCCAGAAAGAGGAAGAGCAGCUCUGAGAGAAGACGCUCCAGAAAGGCGUCUGCUACGGAGAGGGGAUGUAUAAAAAGCCAGAACACGCAUGUCACGGCAGAGACGCACUCUCACAUUGUCUGUGAGUGUCACCAGUCCGCUGGCAGGAGGAGAUGCUUGGCCUCACCUGUGCUGGAGGGACAGGAGGGGAAAGAAAACGAGCGUAGGAUGGGGCAGGAGUUGGACGGUUAUGAAGUGAACGGCCUCCGGGACAAACAGGAGCCCGAGCGUAUGGAUUAUGAAGAAACUGAUAAGACCAUCUUCCUAGAUGACGACAGUAACCAAAUUCUUCCCGUGGAGCAGUUCUUUGGAAACUUGGACGUUGUUCAGGACUUUCCUCAAAGAUCGUCAUCAACCUCUGUCAGCUCCCACCGGGAGAAGAGGAGGCGACACUACUACGCACGUGAGGACAGCGACGAGGAGGAGGCGAGCUUCAGCGGCAUUGAGCGAGUGGAUGGAGCGGGCACUUAGUGAAGAGCCGUGCCACGCCCACCGUGGAGCCUGUGGAAAGACAUGAAGCCUCCUCAGCACUGAGGGAGGAUCCAGCCUGUUCAGAGACUGCAUUCAAUCCGUCCAUAUCAUCUCACUAAUAUACCAUGGGUGAGUGAGGGAAGAGUGAAGGUGCUGUGGUAGAAUUACAGACGACACUAUGUGACUGUACACCUGCAAACCUGCGAUCAGUCACUACUCAAACACUGAUGGAGAGAAACUCCUUCCAUUUUAAACCCAAAUCAUUUUAACUCGACUUUUAACAAAUGCAAAUUGUUUUCCACCUAUAGCAUUAGCUCUGAUGCAUAAAAAUGUUAUGCAUUUAUUUUUAUGAAAAAACAUAGAUACAGUAAUAUUAAUACCAUAAGUGAGCAAUACCAUGGUGCUUGUUAAAUGAUUUAUAUUUAGAUUCCCGCUCACUUCAACCCUGGUUUAGUCCUUACUGGCCUGACAAAGCACUUUAUGACCUGAGAAUACUGCUUCAUAAUCUGAGUGCAGCUUUGCAGAGAUUAGCCUUGUGAGAUUCUAGAGUGCUGGAUUCAGCUUACAACCUCCAAAAGUGCUGACAAAAAUGUUGACAUGGCAGAAGCAGCGUAGUGAUGGAUGUAAUGAUCUGACCUCAGAUUAGAUAAAUGAUGAGAACAUGCACCAAAGAGCAGGUCUGUAAUGAGAGAGUUUAAUGCCACAGAGUCACUGUUCCAGAUGAAUGUCAUGUUUUUUGCAUAAAAGUCAUUUAUCACCAAGUGUCUAACAUCCGUCCUCAACACAUCUCGGUGUGUGUUCAGUUUUAGGGCAGCUUUUUUAUAACAUAACACAUGUCUGUAUCGAUACAUAAAAAUGCAGCUACUCAUUUUCCCUGAUCAGAUUUGUGUUGAAUAUAAAUUUACCACUAUACAUUAAAAAGUAUUUUAUAAA